GCAUAAAAUUGGGCACUGCCAAAUAUUGAGUCCAUCAUCACAGAGAGGGCAAGAACAGAGCAACUCACUGAGAAACCAAUCAUGGAAACCCUCCACUCCUUUAAGGGCUACGGCAAGAUGGAUCCCGCCGACGACCACGCAUUCCGGCAUAAGACCAGGCGCCGCAUAAUCCUCAUCGGCGUCUCCACUUUUCUCCUCCUCGUCAUCAUCACCACCGUCGCUACCGUUCUCGUCAUCAACAAACGAAAUAACACAGACGAGCCCUCUUCCAACCAAUCUCCCAUCUCCACCUCUUCUUCCAUCAAAGCCAUCUGCAGCGUCACUCUCUAUCCCGAUUCCUGCUACGCCUCCCUCUCCGCCGCUUUCGUCAACUCCUCCGCCAUCGACACCGACCCGGCGACCCUCUUCAACCUUUCCCUCUCCGUCGCCUCCCGCGCCCUCUCCAAUAUCUCCUUGUUCCUCUCCAAACUCGACAUUCCGGCCGCGGACAAGCGGCUCCGAGCUGCCGUUCUCGACUGCAGAGAGCUUAUCGACGACGCCGUCGAUCGAUUUAAUGAAUCUGCCGCCGUUCUCGCGGGAACGAAACCAGGCGAGAAGAUUUUGUCCGAGAGCAAGAUUGGGGAUCUGAAGACAUGGCUCAGUUCAACGAUCGCUGAUCAGGAAACUUGCCUCGACGGCUUCGAGGGGACGACUGGAGGUUUCAGGGAGAAGCUGAAGGCGGCGAUGGCUAACUCGACGCAGCUCGCGAGCAACAGCCUGGCUAUCGUUUCCAGUAUUAUAGCAAAGCUACAUUUUCCGAUUAAUCGUAAACUACUGUCCAUCGACGGAGCCGGCCGAAAGUUUCUGCCGGAAUGGGCGACGGAGGGGCAGAGGAGGAUUCUGGCCGCCGUCAAUACUUCGGCGAACGUGACGGUUGCGCAGGAUGGAACGGGGAGUGUGAAGACCGUUCAGGCGGCGGUGGAUCUGGUGCCGAAGGGGAAUUUGAGCCCCUUUGUGAUCUACAUUAAAGCAGGAGAGUACAAUGAAGCGGUGGUCAUUGAUAAGAACAAGUGGAACAUAGUGAUCGUCGGCGACGGCAUGGACAAGACGAUCAUUACCAGCAACAAGAACUUCAUCGACGGAACGCCAACCUUCUCGACGGCAACCUUCGCUGUCACCGGACGAAACUUCAUCGCAAAGGACAUCGGAUUCAAAAACACCGCCGGCGCCGAGAAGCACCAAGCCGUCGCCCUCCGCUCCGGCUCCGACCGGUCCAUCUUCUACCGCUGCUCCUUCGACGCUUUCCAGGACACUCUCUACGCCCACUCCAACCGCCAGUUCUACCGCGACUGCCAAGUCACCGGUACCGUCGACUUCAUCUUCGGCGACGCCGUCGUCGUAUUCCAGAACUGUAAGAUCCUUCCGCGCCAACCCCUUGCCAACCAAGCCAACACCAUCACCGCACAAGGGAAGAAGGACCCCAACGAGAACACUGGCAUUUCCAUCCAGGGAUGCACAAUCGGGCCAUACGAUGCCGUGACCCGCCCAACGUUUCUUGGCCGCCCGUGGAAGAAUUACUCCACGACGGUUAUCAUGAAGUCGGAGAUCGGGUCGGUGGUCGACCCGGCGGGAUGGCUGGCAUGGUUGCCGGGGGUGGUGCCGCCCGACACUAUUAAUUAUGCUGAGUACGAGAACACGGGUCCGGGCGCCGGCGUUGCGGGCCGGGUCAGGUGGGUUGGGUACAGGCCUGCGAUUGGGGUGGAUGAGGCGAGUAAGUACAGCGUGGCUUCGUUUUUGGAUGGGGAAGAGUGGAUACCAGAGGCGGGUGUAGAGUAUGAGCCGAAUUUGUGAGCCGAAUUUGGGAGCGGUUUUUUUAUUUAUAAAUUUGAU